AUGGCAUCUUCAUCAUCUUCUCCCUCUGCUCCAGCCUUUUCAUCUCAUUCCUGGAGUUAUGAUGUUUUCCUUAGUUUUAGAGGAGAAGAUACUCGUCGCACUUUUGUUGAUCACCUCUACACGGCUCUUGAACAACAAGGGAUUAACACUUACAAGGACAACGUAGCACUUCCUCGGGGUGAAUCGAUCGGCCCAUCCCUUAAGAAGGCAAUCAAAGAAUCAUAUAUUGUUGUCAUCAUAUUCUCUAAAAGCUAUGCAGAUUCGUCGUGGUGCUUGGACGAGCUUGCACAUAUUAUGACAUGUUGGGAUAUAAGAGGGCAAAUCGUUAUGCCCAUAUUUUAUGACGUAGAUCCCUCUGAAGUCCGAAAACAAAAACGGAGGUAUAAAGAAGCAUUUACCAAACAUGAGCGUGAUAACAAGACCAAGGUUAAAUCUUGGAGAAAAGCACUUGUGGAUGCAAGUAGCAUUUCUGGAUGGGAAACGAGGAACAUUGCUAACGGGCAUGAAUCACAAGGCAUCAAACAAAUUGUUGUCGAAAUUUCGCAGAAGGUGCAACAAGUAGCUUCAAGUGCAAAUGAGAACCUAGUUGGAAUAGUGGCUCGCAUGCAACGUUUGAAAUCAGAGUUGCAAAUUGAGUCAGGUGGUGUGCUUAUGAUUGGAGUAUGGGGGAUUGGGGGUGCUGGUAAGACUACUCUUGCAUCUUUUAUUUAUGAUGAAAUUUGUCGGCAGUUUGAUGGUUGCUGCUUUAUUCCAAAUAUUCGAGAGGAAUCAAGCAUGCAUGGUCUGGGAAAGUUAGAAGAAGAUAUACUUUCAAAAAUGGGAGUAAAUAGAGUUGGAGGAGGAAGAUGCUUGAUAAAUAAUAGGUUUCAUCAUAGAAAAGUCUUAAUUGUUCUAGAUGAUGUCGAUCACCUUGGGCAACUAAAAGCAUUAGCCGGAUCACAUGAUUGGUUUGGUGAAGGAAGUAGAAUAAUUAUAACAACUCGAAAUAAGCAUUUAUUAGUUGCACACAAAGUAAAUGUGAUACAUAGUAUUAGGUUGUUAGACAAUGAUGAGGCUAUUAAGCUCUUUUGCAAGCAUGCACCUCGGGAUAACAGAAGUGUAGAAGAUUAUGAAAAUCUUUCUAAAGAGGUGGUCUCUUAUGCGGGUGGGCUUCCGUUAGCCCUGACAGUUCUUGGUUCUUUUCUGUGUGACACGGAAAUUAAUGAGUGGAAGAGUGCAUUAGUGAGACUAAAAGAGAUACCAGAUAAUGAUAUUGUGGAAAAGCUAAAAAUCAGCUUUGAUGGGCUUAAACCCAUUGAGAAAGAGUUGUUCCUAGAUAUUGCAUGUUUUUUAAGGGGGUAUAAGAAAGAUAAUGCAAUGAGGAUCUUUGAUGCUUGUGGUUUUCAUCCUAUUAUAGGGGUGAAGGUUUUGAUACAAAAGGCUCUUAUAACUAUUUCAGAAGAUGGAAAGUUUGAUAUGCACGAUCUGGUGCAAGAAAUGGGACACCACAUUGUUAGAGGGGAACACCCUAACAAUCCUGAAAAACAUAGUAGAAUCUGGAAGGUAGAAGAUGUUGUGAAAAUAUGCUCUAUGGAUGCAACCACGGAACUUGACAUGAUUCAAGCAAUAAGAUUUAAAUAUAGUAGUGAGGGUCAGCUACAAAGGAAUAAACUUCAGAGGAAUUUUAGAUACGGCAGUGAGAAUCAAUUAAAAAGGUAUAAACGUCUUCUUCAUCCGAUUGUUGCAAACGCGAAGAACCUUAGGUGGAUUGAAUGGGAAGGUGAUCUUGCAAGUCCAUUGCUUACUAACUUUCCACAAAGGACACUUUGUCAUCUAGUAUUGCAUAACAGCUUGCAAAAACAGCUAUGGGAGGGUAAUAAGUUGCUGCCAAAUUUGAGAACAAUUGAACUUUGGGGCUUGGAUAACCUAAUCAUGACACCAGAUUUUGAUAAUCUUCCAAAUCUUGAAAGAUUGAGGCUUAAUAGAUCUCGGUGUCUAGAAGUGGUUCAUCCAUCGAUUGGACGUAUAAGAAAGCUUGUUUCCUUAUCUAUAAAAGAUUGUCCCAUUUUGGAUAUGUUUCCACCUAUUACCCAACUAAAGAAACUUCAGACACUUUCAUUUUCCGGGUGCAUCGAACUUUUUAAGAACAUGGACAAUUUACCACAUCUUGAGUUGGAUAAUAGUGGGAAAGAAGUUGCAUCCUAUAUAGAAUCAGGUCCAAAAUAUUUUGUUACUUGUUGGAGGUGUGGUUGCAACAAUAUUCUUGGUGUACAAUGUUGUGUAGGGUUGCGGUUUUUUCUCAAGGACUUAAGAUAUUUGAAUCUUAGCCGGUGUAGUUUGGGAGACGAAGAAAUCACCUCUGCUGUUUGGGAGUUGCCCAAUUUGCAAGAACUUGAUCUAAGUGAAAAUAAAUUUUCCCGAUUAAAUUUUAGUCUCUUGCAACUUCCUCGACUCAAAUGGCUUAACUUGACUUUGUGCCAAGGCCUUGUUGAAUUGUCAGAGCUACCAUCAAGUAUAGCUGUUGUUAAGGCAGAUUGGUGUACAUCACUUGAAAGCUUUGGUGAUAUUUCAAACUGUAAAUGGUUGUGGAACGUCUCACACCGGUGGGGGAAAAAACUUGGUGAUGGUGACAUAUUACUAAACUCCAUGUUGAAGGGAAAGGCUAUUGAAGAUCAUUUUAUCCGUGUCACUCUUGAACAUCACAUUAUUCCAAAGGGGUUAGUCGGCAGGUUGUUUAUGGGGAGUACAUUUAUACUGCAUUUUCCAGAUGAUUGGUACAAUGACUUUUGCGGGUUCUUAAUAUGUGUUGUUACCGAAAAGAAAGCUAGGUAUAUUAAUAUAGUCAUCAACCAAGCGGUAGAUGAAGAUUCUCUAUUUGAGCUUUUGCAGGAGUCUAAUGAAGCGGUGGAGCCUAAAUAUGAUAGAACAAGGACAUAUGUAGGAUAUGUUUCAUUUGGUUCAUUAAGGCACACCGCAUUUUCAAAUUCAUCCUACACCAUGAUUUCAGUUUCCUUAGACUGUGUGUAUGGGAAUCCGUUUGAAGGUGAGAGUUAUAUUGUAGCUGAGCUCCUUCCUCGGAAAUAUCAACAAACAACAAAAGUUGCAAUAGAUUCCUCAGAGUUUUGGGAUAAGGAACUUAAUUAUAUACAACCACCAUUUACGGUUCAACAAGAUUCAAAGUCUUCUAUCAAGAUUAUAUGGCGACUCGAAAAGAGCUUACACUAACUUGUUAGUGAUUUGUUAUAGGUUUGUGGUGAUCUAUAUAUUCCUC